GGCCGAAAUCCACAUAGAUCUGACUCUGACAACAUCCUUUCUCUCUUACUUCCAAUUUCCCAAAAAUAUAUAAGAAACAAAAAUAAAAAAUAAAAAUAUAAAUAAACUCCUCCAUUCUCAAAUUUUGCAUCGACCAUUUUUUGUUCUCCCAUUGAUCCGAUCCGAUCUACAAACCCCCGGAGCCACCGUCUCCGACCGAAUCCCCGACUCGACCCGGCACCUAAUGGCGGCCUCACGGCGGCUCCGCGACCUCCAAUCGCAGCCCGGCAACAAGAUCUGCGUCGACUGCCCCCAGAAGAACCCCCAGUGGGCAUCCGUCUCCUAUGGCGUCUUCAUGUGCCUCGAGUGCUCCGGCAAGCACCGCGGCCUCGGCGUCCACAUCUCCUUCGUCCGAUCCGUCACCAUGGACUCAUGGUCCGAGAUCCAGCUGAAGAAGAUGGAGCUCGGGGGCAACGAGCGGUUCAACGCCUUCGUCUCUCGGUACGGCAUCCCCAAGGAGACUGACAUCGCCGUGAAGUACAACACGAAGGCGGCCGCCGUCUAUCGGGACCGCGUCCAGGCGCUCGCCGAGGGCAAGCCGUGGCACGAUCCGCCGGUGGUGAAGGAGGCCUUGAGUUCGGGUAAUAGCUACAGUAGUAAGCCGCCGUUGGGGAGCGGCGGCGGCGGGGGGAGCAGGAACGGUGGUUCCGGCGGUGGUGGGGGCGGUUGGGAUAGUUGGGAUAGUUUUGAUGAUGGAGGUUUUAGUGGAAAUGGUAGCAAUAAUAUUAGGAGGAAUAAUACUGUCGGUGAUUUUAGGAGUUCCGGUAAUGGCGGGAGUGCGCCAUCACGGUCGAAAUCGACCGAGGAUAUAUAUUCGAGGGCACAGCUGGAGGCUUCGGCCGCGAAUAAGGAGGGUUUUUUUGCUAGGAAAAUGGCUGAGAAUGAGUCUAGGCCGGAUAAUAUUCCUCCUUCGCAGGGAGGAAAGUAUGUUGGGUUCGGAUCGAGCCCGGCGCCACUGCCGAGGAAGAACUCCGAAGGGGAUGUUCUUUCAGUUGUUACUCAGGGAUUUGGCAUGUUAUCUAUGGCUGCUGCAUCGGCUGCUAGUGUUGUUCAAGCCGGAACUAAGGAUAUUACUUCCAAGGUCAAAGAAGGGGGAUAUGAUCACAAGGUCAACGAAACUGUUAGCGUUGUUACUGCAAAGACAUCAGAGAUUGGACAAAAGACAUGGGGGCUUAUGAAAGGGGUGAUGGCUUUGGCCUCCCAGAAAGUCGAGGCAUACGCUAAGGAAGGCUCGGGCUCAGGAUGGCAAAGGAAUGAGAGUGAAAAUAGUGGUUAUUAUCAGGAGUUUGGACAGGAGUCCAGAGGGUGGAAUUCUUCUACUGGGGCACAAAAUUCAUCAAGCCAACAAUUUACUUCUGAAGGAAAAAACUCAUCCAGCCAAAAGUUUAACACUGUUAGCUCUGGUUCUUGGGAUGAUUGGGAUUCGUAUACCAAAGACAACAGGAAAGAAGAUUCGGGGAAGGGGACAACAUCCCAUAAUGGAGAUGGAUGGGCAGGCUGGGAUGAUGAUAAAGACGAUGGAUUUGAUAGUUUCUAUCAAAGUGCACCUGAUAAGAAGUCAGCGGGUUAUAAUGGAAAAUCGGAUGCAAAGUGGUCUGAAGGUGGGUUUGUUUGAGGUUAGUAUACUUUAUUCUUAAUGAUUGAUCCUUUUUUUUUUUUUUNUUACUUUGUAAUAACCCACUGUGUUGGGUUUGUGUGAGGAAAAUGAACCAUAAAUUUGAAAUGUCUGGUGAUGGACCUGCAAAAAGUCCAAAGCAGCUGUUUGCUUGUGUUGUACGAACCAUUUAAUUUCGUUUUUAGGCUACAGUUGGCUUUGAAAUCACUAUAGUUGUUUUAUUUUUAGUUGAUACUUUCGUUGUGAUUACGCGAACACCAUUGAAAUCGAUGUAUUCUGCUUGUUCAGUUGUCAUGGUCCUUUUUCUAUGUAGUGAUAUGUUUUUGGUUUUGAAUGUUCUGGUCAGUUGC